CUCAGAGAAUAUAACAUGUUAGCUGUGCACUUUGACAAACCGGGAGGACCAGAAAACCUUUACUUAAAGGAGGUGGCCAAGCCGAGCCCAGGAGAGGGUGAAGUUCUCCUCAAGGUAGCAGCCAGCGCCCUGAACCGGGCGGAUUUACUCCAGAGACAAGGCCAGUAUGCCCCACCCCCAGGAGCCAGCAACAUUUUGGGACUUGAGGCAUCUGGAUACGUGGUCGAGCUGGGACCUGGCUGCCAGGGGCACUGGAAGCCUGGAGACUCAGCCAUGGCUUUGCUGCCCGGCGGGGGCCAGGCUCAGUACGUCACUGUCCCCGAAGGGCUUCUCAUGCCCAUCCCCACAGGACUAUCCCUGCCCCAAGCUGCAGCCAUCCCAGAGGCCUGGCUCACCGCCUUUCAAGUGUUACAUCUCUUGGGAAAUGUCCAGGCCGGAGACUCUGUGCUAAUCCAUGCAGGGUCAAGUGGUGUGGGCACAGCUGCCAUCCAACUCACCCGGAUGGCUGGAGCCAUUCCUCUAGUCACAGCUGGCUCACAGCACAAGCUUCAAAUGGCAGAAAAGCUUGGAGCAGCUGUUGGAUUCAAUUACAAAGAAGAAGACUUUUCUGAAGCAACAUUGAAAUUCACCAAAGGCGCUGGAGUCAACCUUAUUCUAGACUGCGUCGGUGGAUCCUACUGGGAGAAGAAUGUCAACUGCCUGGCUCUUGAUGGUCGCUGGGUUCUCUAUGGUCUGAUGGGAGGAGCUAACAUCAACGGGCCUUUGUUCUCGAAGCUACUUUUUAAACGAGGAAGUCUAAUCACUACUGUACUAAGAGCUAGAGACAAAAAGUACAAAGAAAUGCUGGUGAAGGCUUUCACACAACAAGUUCUGCCUCACUUCUCCACGGAGGGCCCCCAGCGCCUAAAGCCCGUUCUGGACAGAGUCUACCCGGUGUCUGAAAUCCAAGAGGCCCAUGUGCUAAUGGAGACUAACAAGAACGUGGGCAAAAUUGUCUUGGAGAUGCCCCAGUGAAGGCAACAGUUGCAGUACAGGACCACGGCCACCCCAGGUCUUUUAACAGUUAACUUAAAAAAUUCACA